AUGGCUGGAGCAGUAGCAGGUUGUAAGAAUCAGAGAUGGUCUCUCCAGGGCAUGACAGCUCUUGUGACUGGUGGAACAAGAGGCAUAGGAUUUGCUGUGGUGGAAGAACUUGCAGCACUUGGGGCAGUAGUUCAUACAUGUUCCAGGAACCAGACAGAGCUUAAUGAAACGUUGCAGGAAUGGCAGACCAAAGGGUUUAAGGUGAGUGGUUCUGUCUGUGAUCUCUCUUCUAGAGAUCUCAGAGAGAGUCUUAUGCAGACUGUCUCCUCCGUUUUCGAUGGAAAGCUGAACAUCCUCGUGAAUAAUGCAGGAAUUACAAAGCUCAAAUCCUUUGAGGAUCAUAGUCUGGAAGACUACACAACCGUGAUGAGUACAAACCUUGACGCUCCUUAUCAUCUUUCUCAACUUGCAUAUCCUUUCCUAAAAGCAUCUGGAUGCGGAAGCAUUGUGUUUAUCUCCUCCGUAGCUGGUUCAGUGGCCUUACCUGGUUUAUCUGCAUAUGCAGCAUCUAAAGGAGCUAUCAACCAAAUAACAAAGAACUUGGCAUGCGAGUGGUCAAAGGAUAACAUCCGGACCAACACUGUUUCACCAUGGGGUGUCAAAACCACGAUCGAAACAGCAAAUCUGAAUACAAACGCACAUUAUCACGAGAAACUCUGCAGGCUCAUCGCCGGAACAGCAAUGCCGAGAAUGGCCGAACCCGAAGAGAUAUCAUCCUUAGUGGCAUUCCUUUGCCUACCAGCUGCUUCGUACAUUACCGGACAAGUUAUUUCAGUGGACGGAGGGUACACUGCAGGUGGCUGUUGGCCAUUUCAAAAUUUCAGCUUUGAUAUAUUUAGUCAUUUCAAUUAUAAGUAAUCAUUGAGGUAUCAGCCUGUAACCACAUGAACUUUGUCCACAACAUUUCCUUGGGUGGGUUAAAGCUUUUUUUAACUUGUUAAGAAUCAAUAUCCCCUGCCUGUUAUAGUCAUUCACAUUG